AAUCUCUCACAUUUACACAAAAUGACGAAAAGUGGAGAGUGAAAUAAACGUCAAUAUUGUUAAUAAUAGCAUAGGAAUAAACUCAUUUUUAAAGCACUAUAUAUCAUCCCUAUCAGUCCCUUGCCUUCGUCUCUCAUCCACACACUCCGAGGAAAAAUGGUGAAUCUAUUAUCUUGUCUCUUACUUUUUUUGCUAUCAUUGCAUUGUUUUGUGGCUUGCUUAGCUGUGAAUACAAAAAACAUCACAACAGAUCAAUCUGCUCUUCUAGCAUUCAAAUCCCUCAUUACUUCAGACCCUUAUGAUAUCUUGUCUAAGAAUUGGUCAACCUCCUCUUUUGUAUGCAAUUGGGUUGGUGUCACUUGUGAUGAGCGACACGGAAGAGUCCAUAGUUUGAUUCUCCGAAACAUGAGUCUUAAAGGUAUCGUUUCCCCAAACUUAGGGAAUUUGUCCUUUUUUGUUAUACUUGACAUAAAAAAUAAUAGCUUUGGUGGUCAGUUUCCUAUAGAGGUAUGUCGAUUACGCCGAUUAAAGGUUCUUCAUAUCAGCUAUAACAAGUUUGAAGGGGGGAUUCCUGCAGCGUUGGGGGACUUAUCACAACUUCAAUAUUUGUAUCUUGGUGCUAACAAUUUUACUGGUUUUAUCCCCGAAUCUAUUGGCAACCUUCAGUGGUUGAAAGAAUUGGAUACUAGCAACAACAGAUUAUCUGGGCCCAUACCUCAAACAAUUUCAAACAUGUCUUCACUCGAAGUUCUCAAGUUAUUUUCUAACUACUUUUCAGGUACUCUAACCUCAGAUAUAAUGCAUCAUGUUAGUUUGUUUCUCACUAUUUGUGAUUUUAGAAUUUUAAUAUAGGAUUGAUUACACUUUUCCACAAUAUUUAUCGUCUGUUUGACCAUUUACAUAUAUUAAUAAAUAAAAGAUGAUAAGUAAAA